AAUACUAGCAAUCGUCAGGAUUCUAAAUGAAAAUGCAACGAACCGGAAAGCUUCUCAUAUCUUGGUAUACAAGAGAUCAGCACAAGAAGGGGAAGAGCUCUGUGGUGUCGACAAAAAAGGAGAAGAAAUUCAAGAAAAUGCAAGGGAAACUGUCGCACGAGUGGGAGGUACGUGUGGCAGCAUCGAUCGUGUGGGAAACGUAUGGCACGAUUGAGCUGGGAAAGCUGGUAGUCCAAUUGCUCCCAAACGUAGUAGAAAAGGUAGAAGUUGUAGAAGGCGACGGAGGCGUUGACACCGUCCUCGCAGUUACUUUCCUCGAAGGAACUCGGGGAUUCAAUUUCUUCAAAGAGAAGUUCGUGAAGAUCGACAAUGAGAAGUUUGUGAAGGAGACUGAAGUGGUCGAAGGAGGGUACUUGUUAGUCGGGUUUAUUCUUUAUCGGAUCCGCUUGGAAAUCAUCGAGAAAGAUAUCGGUGCAUCCAUCAUCCGAUCGACAGUCGAGUAUGAAACUGGAGAAGGUUAUGCAUCCAACCCGUCCGACGCUGGAGGUGAUUGCCCAAGUCGUCGGCAAGCAUCUUGA